AUGUCUCCCCCAGGCGUGACAAUCAAAGCACCAAACGGUCGCGAGUUCUUCCAACCGACGGGACUGUUCAUCAACAACAAGUGGAUCGAGGCGCCAGCCAACAAAAGGCUAGCCAGUAUUAAUCCGGCAACAGAAGAAGAGAUCUGCUCAGUCUCCACGGCGUCGGCAGAGCAGAUUGACAAUGCUGUCAACGCCGCUCGAGCGGCGUUCGAAGGCCCUUGGAAAGAGACGGCGGGAACAGCCCGUGGACUGUUGCUGAUGAAGCUUGCCGACUUGGUCGAGGCGGAACAAGAGACUCUUGCAACGAUCGAAGCAAUGGAUAGCGGAAAGCCAUACACGAAGGCCCUCGGCGACAUCGAAGAGGCUUAUUCUGUUUUCAGAUAUUAUGGUGGCUGGGCAGACAAAAACUACGGUCAAACGAUCGAGACCGAGCGCCAUAAGUUCACCUACACUGUCCGUGAACCAGUUGGUGUUUGCGGGCAAAUCAUUCCGUGA